AUGGAAGAGGAUAGGGUUUUUAAGUUGGGGCCACCUUCAGAGACCAAUAAUCCUAGAGGUUUGGAUGUUCACCUGAUGGUCCGUGGUCGUGAUCAUUUCAUUUCAAUAUUUCAUAAUCUCCAGCCUAGGCCCAAUAAGAGGACCGAGUUUUCGAAGCCUGCUGAUGCGCAAAUGGCUCGAAACAUACAAGCUGCCUUAACCAUGAAAAUAAAGAUGGUCAGUGAGCCUGUGGUAGACUUGACGGCCGUGGAUCGACCGCAGGCACUACGACACUCAAGCCGGACUUGCGGGAUGGUUAUCCCUUAUUUCCGGCCGAUCACUAUCGGCAGUUAUGGGAUCAUUGAUUGUCUCUUGGUCUACUUGAAUUUUCAUAUAAACCCCAAUUUUCCAAGCUGUACAAAUGAUCUUUCAAAUUGGUCAAGACUCUCCAGUUUAUGGCCCCUUCUCUACGGUACGAGUUGUUGCUUCAUUGAAUUUGCUUCAUUAAUAGGUUCACGCUUCGACUUUGAUCGUUAUGGACUAGUACCACGAUCUAGUCCUAGACAAGCAGAUCUAAUUUUAACAGCCGGCACUGUAACACUGAAGAUGGCACCCUCUUUAGUGAGACUCUAUGAACAAAUGCCUGAACCUAAAUAUGUAAUUGCCAUGGGAGCCUGUACAAUUACAGGCGGGAUGUUCAGUACCGAGUCUUAUAGUACUGUUCGGGGAGUCGAUAAGCUAAUUCCCGUAGAUGUUUAUUUGCCUGGUUGCCCACCUAAACCAGAGGCGGUUAUAGAUGCCAUAACAAAACUUCGUAAGAAAAUAUCUCGAGAAAUAUCUCAAGAUCGAAUUAGGGCUCAACAAGAAAAUCGUUGUUUUACUACCAAUCACCAGUUUCGCCUUGGGCGCAGUACUCAUACUGGAAAUUAUGAUAAAGGAUUACUCUAUCAACCACUAUCUACAUUAGAAAUCCAUGAUCAAUUGUCUCAAACUUUGUGUUUAAGCAUUAUGCUACUGUUGUGAUUUUUGUUACAAGAAAAUGAUAAACUUUUGUGUGUUUUAUCUUUCUCAUGCUGACAAAACAAUUUUAAACACCA